CUCUGACGUCACAGCUCAUAAUGAUUGGCUGAGGUUCUUCACGUGAUUCAACUGGACCGCCCAAACAUCUCUAGUAACAACUGACGCGCCAUAGUUGCUUUAUUUUAGCGUUUAAUUAUGUUUUAAUAUCUAAAUGUAAGUAAAAAGAAAAACGUUUAGAUAUUAAUCAGUAUACGCGAUGAACAGCGGUCUUUUUUAGCGGAACCGGAAGUGAUGGAAACAGUUUAACGGAAUCAGCAUCAGAAGAGAUCAAAGUCUGUGUGUCUAUGAAGAGUUGAUCAAUGGAUCCACCAAUAGAAAUGAAGAGAUGGCCUGACCAAAAGUCAGUCGUAACCGAACCUGUCUGUAAAAAGAUGAAGAUUGAGCAGUCUGUGAAUCAACCACAAUAUUUGUGUCCUGAAUUCAGCCAUGACUCUAAACUUAAUGAAGUCCUCAACACAUUUAAAUCAAAUCUGAGAGAGAAGUUUCAGUGUUUGUAUCCAGGAACAUCAAAGCAGAGAAACCCAACACUACUGAAUGAGAUCUACACAGAGCUCAACAUCACAGAGAUUAAAAGUGGAGAGGCAGAGGAGACACCAAUCAAAUGUAAUGACAUCUUUAAACCUUUACAUGAACAACACAGACACAUCAGAAGUGUGAUGACAAAGGGAGUCGCUGGCAUUGGAAAAACAGUCUCUGUACAGAAGUUCAUUCUGGACUGGGCUGAAGAGAAAGAGAAUCAGGACGUCCACCUCAUAUUUCCACUUCCUUUCAGAGAAAUCAAUUUGAUGAAGGACAAAACACUCAGUCUUUUAGAUCUUCUUCGUCUUUUCUUCCCAGAGACAAAAGAAAUGGAAAUCUUCAGUGAUGAAUAUAAAGUGUUGUUCAUCUUUGAUGGUUUGGAUGAGUGUCGUCUGUCUCUGGAUUUUCACAGCAGUGUGAGGUUGUGUGAUGUAAAUGAAUCAACCUCAGUGGACGUGAUGCUGACAAACCUCAUCAAGGGGAAUCUGUUUCCCUCUGCUCUCAUCUGGAUCACCUCCAGACCAGCAGCAGCUGAUCUCAUCCCCUCUGAGUGUGUUGAUCGAGUCACAGAGGUACGAGGCUUCAGUGAUCCACAGAAGGAGAAAUAGUUCAGGAAGAGAAUCAGUGAUGAGAGUCUGUCUGAUCAAAUCAUCUCACACCUGAAGUCAUCCAG